AUGGAAGAUUUGCAAGCAACGUCAUAUCCAUUGUCUAUUAACAACCAUUCAGCCGCUUUCACCAACGGCACUGCUGCAGCAAUCACUGCCAGUUUAGUAUACGUCACUCCAGCAGGUUUCGAUACUAAACUCGUUCUUGUGGUACUGUUUGUAAGUUUUGGAAUCCUCGGAUUGGGGGGUAACAUCCUGAUCCUGUAUUUUGUUUCCAAGAAAAAUUCUGUUCCAUUCCAUCAAUCAUCUCCCUUCCUAAGGAACUUCAACCUUUACAUGAAGAGUUUGGCGAUUUCAGAUAUACUUGCUUGUUUGAUUUCUGUUCCGGUGGUUUGCGCACAACUAAUGUUUGACAUAUUUCAAAAUGGUUGGCCUUGUAAAAUAGUUCGGUAUAUUGCUGUUGUAUUUAACUGUGUAACAAUUAAUAAUUUAAUGGCCAUAAGCACCGAGAGGUUUCUUUCGACCCGUGAUGUUCCUAAGACGUUCAGUAGUAGCACUGUUCGUAAAUUAGUGUACGCUGCGUGGGUUACAGGGUCUCUUAUCGUAUUUGCUCCUGCAGCAACAAUGAAUGGUGUAAGACACGAUAUUAGUGCCACGCACUACACGGUGGUAUGCGAUAAAGAUACCAGUUACCUACCUUACAGAGUGAUUGUAGCGGGCUUUGUACUUACACAGCACGUCAUACCAAGCAUUGGUUUGAUUUGUAUUAACGUAAUCUUAGCCGUAAGGGUGUGGAAGAGGGGAAAAAGAACCAUCGAUAUACAGAAAGAUAACGCCAUUAGGGCGAGAGUCAGAUCACAGCAACUCAAAGCAACUUACAUACUCAUACUUGUCACACUCGCUUUCGUUAUUCCAUAUUCAUCAUUACUUUAUUACGCAGCCUUUGUUGUGGUAUUUAAACCUUCCCUGGAUUUCCAGGACGAUUUUUUGAUAAGAUAUAUCAGUGCAGUGCUGAUUUUGUCGAGUAGCUCUAUAAACUUCAUCAUAUAUGUGGUUCAGAUGAAGGAUUUCCGUGCGUUUUUAAAGAAAGUCUUAUGCUGCAAGGGUGAUGGAAACGCGUAG